UCAGGACUUAGUCGAGAGAUGAUCUCAAAGUAUAAGUACUUCGAUCCAUUCGCUUCUCAUCACCGCUCAACACCGGCGGCUCAGGUUAGGGCGAUCCUCGCCGGACAUGGCUUCUUCUUCUUCUUCAUCACUCGACCGCCUCCCACAAGACAUCGUCACAGACAUACUCUUGAGGCUCCCCGCCGAAACACUCCUUGACCUCCGCCGCGUCUGUAAGUCGUGGAGCUCUCUCGUCCUCGCCCCAUCCUUCGCCGCCAAGCACCUCCGUCUCCACCGCCUCCUCCGCUCCAAACCUCACCAGAACCUCCAGCUCCUCCACUUGCCUUGUGCCCAGAACGACCGGCCCGUCCGUGCCCACGACACAGACUUCUGCUCUGUCCUAUGCUCCGACCCUGUCUCGGGCUCCUACACCCUCCGCGCAAAGCUCGCCAUCCCCUUCGAUGAGCACGCACUCUCCUUCGAGGUCAUAGGGUCGGUCGAUGGGCUCGUCUGCGUGUCGAUGCUCCACAAGAGGUCCAAGCUCUGGACCAUCCAGAGCAUGUAUUUGUGGAACCCGGCCAUGAGGAAGCUGAGGGACCUGGGGAACAGGGCCGAGCGCGUUGCUGGCAUGAGCAGGUACCAGAUUCACGGGUUCGGGCGCGACCGCGGGGGCCACAUUUAUCGGGUCGUAAGGAUUACUUACGGCUGCACGAGAAAGGGGGAGAAGGAGAGUUCGAUGGAGGCCGUCCAAGUCGAGAUUUGCACGGUGGGGAGGGAUUCGUGGAGAAUGUUGGAACCACACGGCGUGUCUUGCUUCGCAGGCGAUGACUCUCAAGCUUGCAUCAACGGAGUUGUUCAUUGGCCCGCAUCCGUGACAGAAGAUGCUCCGUACAGUUCCAUAUUGUCAUUCGAAGUCACCUCCCAGAUGUUUGACAAGCUCCCGAUGCCGGAAAACUACCUUGACAACUUCAAACUUCACAAAGAGACACAGGUUUCCAUCGCAGCUUUGAAAAAAUCCCUUGCCACCUUGGUCUACUGCCCGGGAGCAGGAAACUUCGGGAGCGAAAUACAUGUUUGGGUUAUGAAACGGUACGGUGUCACAGAUUCUUGGACAAAACAGUACACAGCAAUGAUGCAGCAGAGGAUUGAGAGGGUCUUAGGAUCGACCGAGAACGGAGAGAUCUUGAUUCACGGGAGUGACCAUAAGGUGAUGUGCUAUGAUCCGGAGAAUGAUAUGCGGUUCAAAGACAUCGGCGUGACUGGAUUUCCUGACCAGUUCGAUGUGGUUGAUUAUUCAGAGAGCUUGGUUUGGCCUGACGAAGGAAAUGCAGAUAGCUAACAUGAAGAUACUUAUUUCUCUUCAUACAUAAGAACUGGGCAUUUUAGGUUCUUGUGGGUCUCUUAUGUAAGGACUAACAUGGAUUGUUUUGAUCCCAGGAUUGGUUUUCAUCGGUUGUCUAGGUGAGGUGACAAGAGAUACCAUGCAUAAAUUCCUCAUGAAUUGAAGUAGAAUCUAACUCGCCUUGCCUUGCAUUUGAUGGUCAAAUGGAGUGACUGUUGCAUCUUCUUAGCCGAGAAACAAUGAGAUGUAUAAGAAUUGAAAGUUAUGAAAUUGUAGUA